GGAGGCGGGACUUGAGAAGCCCGCCCUAAGCUCCAGAGAGCUGUCUUCCACCGAGACCAGCCGGAGAGUGGGCGAACAUGAAGUCCAAUCCCGCCAUCCAAGCCGCCAUCGACCUCACAGCGGGGGCCCUCGGGGGCACAGUGUGUGUCCUGACCGGGCAGCCCUUCGACACCCUGAAAGUGAAGAUGCAGACGUUCCCCGCGCUGUACAAGGGCCUCACCGACUGCUGCCUGAAGACGUACUCCCAAGUGGGUUUUCGGGGCUUCUACAAGGGGACCGGCCCAGCACUGAUUGCCUUUGUCGCCCAGAACUCUGUCCUCUUCAUGUGCUACGGCUUCUGCCAACAGUUUGUUAGGAAAGUGGUUGGAUUGGACAAGCAGGAAAAACUGAGUGAUCUGCAGACUGCAGCCGCCGGUUCCUUCGCCUCUGCGUUUGCUGCGCUGGCCCUGUGCCCCACUGAGCUUGUGAAAUGCCGGCUACAGGCCAUGCACGAAAUGGAGAUGUCAGGGAAGAUAGCGAAAAGCCAUAAUACAGUUUGGUCCGUCGUGAAGAGUAUCCUUAGAAAGGAUGGCCUCUUGGGCUUCUACCACGGACUCUCGAGCACUCUACUUCAAGAAGUACCGGGCUAUUUCUUCUUCUUCGGUGGCUAUGAACUGAGCCGAUCGUUUUUUGCCUCAGGGAGAUCAAAAGACGAACUAGGCCCUGUCCCUUUGAUGCUAAGUGGUGGAAUUGCUGGAAUUUGCCUUUGGGUUGUCAUAUACCCAGUGGACUGUAUCAAAUCCAGAAUUCAGGUUCUUUCCAUGUCUGGAAAACAGGCAGGAUUUAUCGGAACUCUUUUAAGUGUUGUGAAAAAUGAAGGAAUAGCAGCCUUAUAUUCUGGACUGAAAGCUACUAUGAUUCGAGCAUUCCCUGCCAAUGCGGCACUGUUUUUGGCUUAUGAAUACAGCAGGAAGAUGAUGAUGAGCCAGUUUGAAGCAUACUGAAGUGUCUUGGUGAACCUGGGUUCAAGUACUUGCAUUUGAGGACUAUAGUUUAUCUCAGGGUUUCAUGGAGUACUGGACCAAGGUGGAAUUAUUUUUUACUUCAUGGGAAUUUUGUUUUUGUCUUCCCUUCUUCUACCCUAAAUCUUAAACUUUACAGAAGAACCUCUAUUUCAUAUCAUAUAAUUUCUGCCGGUAGUGGUAUUGACAUAGAAAAGUUGCUGCUCUUGUGUUUGGUGGGACAUACAGAGUGAGCAGGUGGCCCUAUGUGCCUAAUCUGAAAGGCUAGAGAUAGUUAUAUCAUGGCUUUUGCAUAAACCUGUACUUGUACAUGCAGUUUGGUUGGUUAUGUGUUAUGCGUGAAACACAGUUUGGUUCCAUGGUUAAUCUCAGAUCACCAGAAAAACAGAGUUAACCAUGAUUCAUGAAGAUGGUUAUGAAUGAUUGCUUAACCCAUUCAAGAUGUAGGGCCUCUUUAAAACUCUGCCUAACGUGUGUACUGUACCAGGCAAUUAAAGUGUUUUUAAAAGUUUUCGUGUAGUGCUUGAAAACCAGAAUACCCAUCUAGAUUUUUAAAAGGAGAAUAUACCUGCUUACUGGUGUGGCUUCCACAUUCUUGAGUUUAAGUUUCAAAGUAGGCAUCCUGGAUUUUACCAACAUGCUCUGCUGUUAAAAUGGUGCCAUUUAUUUUCAAAAUGGGAUCAUAUUCUGCUAUCUUCAUUAGGUGUGGUCUAGAGCUUCAGACCUUUGGGAAGUAGUAUGGCCUUCAUCUGUACCAACUUCCCUUCUUUUCCUCUCCCCAAGAGCUUCCUCUCUGCUGGGCUUUAGGUUGAGGAAUGGGGUGAGGGGAGGGGGCUAUGCUGCUGUGCUUUGGUGAAGAUCCAUGUAGCUGACAACAGUUCUUGGCUUCCAGUCUUCCAGGGAGUUCUGUUGGCUCAAUUAGGGGUUGUUGAUCCACUUUGGAUCAUUCACUGUCCUCUCUGCCUCCCUCGGUCAGAAACCCUUCCAGGAAACAGAGAGUGCCAAAGCCAAGAGAAGCUUUUGUUCCCUGUUUGGUGAUCAAGUGACAGUACUCAUGGAUGAAGUCCUUUCCUCUCAGACAGAACUAGACAGAAGUUAGUGCUUGCACUCCACAGUGAGUAAUGAUAGGGCUGACCCAUCCUGAAGUUUACCUUGGGGUCCAUAACUCCUUGCCAUGCUUUAACAGUGUUGGAACUUUCUAAUUUUUGUACUGGCCAUCAGUGAAUUUUAAUGAUGACUACAUAUGUGGUGUGACUUUAUAAAGCAAUGAAACGUUAAGAAAAACAAUUUUAUUAAAUUAUACCAUAUGUAUGUAUAUACGAACGGCCAAAAAACAAAAACAAAAAACUAAAGUUCAUCUGAUCCCCACAGACUUGGUGAUGAGCACCUAUAGCCUAUGGUGUUAGAGGGUCGUUCUUGUCACUGCCAAAGUAAGCCUCAUCGUUUCUUGCUGCUCCAAGACCAGCAGAGUCUCUCUCAAUAAGAAUUGUUCUUAAGCAGCCUGUAAAGCGGAAAGCAAGCAGGCUACCAGUAUUAAUAAUAGUCCACACCAUGUUUAUCUAUUGCUGUCCGCAAAAUGUAAAUCUUGUGUGGAAUCUCUUUAGCUUUCUUCUAUCUGUGAAGCCUCAGUUGCAACUUCAGCCAUCGUGCCAGAAGCAUAGGGUCAGGGAAACAAGAUGUUGACAAGUGGGGGCUACGGUAGACAUUUGGGGAGGGGAUGCUCAGUGUUGUGCUUGGUGUACUCAAGAGCCAGGGCUGGUCUUCC